AAUUUUCCAGUUCCAGUGUCGGUAGUUUUGUGUGACCGGUGGUUCGUAAUAAAACGUUUAUUUUUCUGUAUUUUAUCCAAAUAUACAUUUGUAACACGUUUUCCUCUGGUUUUUGUGAACAAUCCAAAGUUAAAAACUAUGAGCGCCGGGAGUCUUUCGACACUACUGAAUAAAUUUAGAUAUCAGGAAAGAUCUAAGAAAUUUCUGGUUGACGGAAAACAACAUGCUGAUGACACUUCCAUGACUUCAUCACGUUCAAACGUGUCUCCUUCAAACUCAUCGACAUUUGCCACAUUGUCAAGUCCAUCAUUGAAUUCACAAGACUCGGAUGUGACCUGUAUACCAGACACUCCAACAUCUCUUGCGUCCAGCCCUGUCUUCCCAAAGAUGAAGGAACGCUCAUCAAGACUUAACCUCUCAUCAUCAGACUCAGAAGAGGAAUGUAAUAAAGACUUAGCAGAAACACCAAAGACUUCCAAAGGAGCCAAAAGCAGCAAUAAACCAACAAUGAGAUCACUUGGUGAAAGGAAAUUCCGUUUAGUCUCAACUGGAAGUGAAGAAUCCGAUACAGAGGAUAAUGAAGCAAGUUCAGCAUUAUCGUCUGAAGAAAGAUCUACUAAUGGCUCAGAGGAUGAGGAUACAACUGAUUCAUCCUCAGAUUCUGACAGCAGGAGGCGGGUACCAACAGGUACCAGAGUGAAGAGUGCAGGCCUACACUCCUCUCCCAACAAAGCAUCCUCGAAUCAUUACUCUCCGAUGAAAUACAGUGCCUUACCAAGCUCCUCAUCUGACUCAGACAUCACCACCCUCGGCAGUCAUCAACAAAGUCUCAAAUACAACCCAGUAGGCAAUGGAAUCAGUGAUCUGGAAACUCCACCUCCAACAGUCAAGAGAAUAAAAAAGAAGAGGAGGCGUAUUUUAUCCGAGGGGCAGGAGAGUGUUGAUGGAGGAGGAGACAGUGAGCAAGAGAAGGAUGCGGUUGAGAUGAGGAGGAAGGAGGAUGUUAAGAAACUAAAGGAGAUGUUUCCUAAAUGGAGAUCUGAGGAAAUAGAAGAAGUGUUAACUAAGUCUGGUGGUUGUAGUGAUACAGCAGCUUCUAUGAUGGCUAAUAGAGACAGUGAUAGCGGUCAGUCAGAUACUAAAGAAUCUCCAGUGAGAAAAAGAAGUCCAAGGAAAAAGCGUCGUAGAAUUGAGCAUGCGUCUGAUAAAGAAAAUAGUCAGCGGAUGUCAAAGUCUAAAAUGACGGCAUAUUUCCCCAAGGUAACUAAGACGUCUACUAAGCAGGAUGAGUCGUUGAAGAAGAGACGACCCGAUAAAGAGAUCAUGAGUAGUGAGGAUGAGAAUUACUCAACGAGUAGCGACAGUGAAAAUACUGAACAAAGAGGUGGAUCUAGAGAGAAGACUGAGAUGGAUGACUUGAUUCUUACAUUUUUCAACGAAGCAACUCCUGAGGAGUUAUUGAGUAUCAAUCAUUGCUCCAAGACUAAAGUUCAGAAAAUAAUUUCUAUAAGACCGUAUGAAGACUAUGAUGACUUGGUAUCUAAGAUGCAGCUGACUAAAGGACUAACGAUCUCCUUAGUAUGGAACUGUGCUGAGUUGUUUGAGAGUCACCAGGUCAUGACCUCUAUCAUGGAUCGUUGUUGUAAGAUCUCAGAUAGCAUUCAGACCAUAGUAUCUAAGCUACUACCUAAUAAGGAAGGUGAAGACAGUGAUGAUGGGAGAGAUAUUGAGGGACAGAUUACAAAACAACCUCUAAUCCUCUCGGAGAAACUCGUCCUGAAGCCAUACCAGGUGGUUGGACUCAACUGGCUAGCUUUGAUGCACAGACAGGAAGUCAAUGGCAUCCUAGCUGAUGAAAUGGGACUUGGUAAGACUGUACAGACGAUUGCAUUCUUAGCUUAUUUAAUGGAGCAAGGAGAUGGAGGACCUCAUCUUAUUGUAGUUCCAUCAUCAACUCUAGAGAACUGGGCUCGUGAGCUUCAUACAUGGUGCCCAGCCUUGGAGGUGAUUUUAUAUUCGGGUAGUGCUGAGGAGAGGAGAGAGUUACGAUAUAACAUCUUAGCUGAGUGUAUCUCAUGUAAUGUCAUCGUUACAUCAUACAACAUGUGUACUAGUAAUGCAGAUGAUCGUAGUUUGUUCAGGAAGAUGGGGAUACAUUAUGCUGUGUUUGAUGAGGCACACAUGCUGAAGAAUAUGCAAUCUCAACGCUAUGGUACUCUCAUGAAGAUCAGGGCUGAGAGGAAGCUGCUUUUGACUGGUACCCCGCUACAGAACAAUCUGAAAGAGCUGAUUUCAUUGUUAAGCUUCGUCAUGCCUAAAAUGUUUUGCGAUAACGCAGCAGAACUACAGAAGAUGUUCACACUAACAAAACAAAAGAGUGAGAAUCCCUUGGAGCAGAGUUCCUUUGAGAGAGAUCGGAUUACUCAUGCUAAGCAGAUUAUGCAACCAUUCAUGCUAAGAAGACUUAAAUCACAGGUGCUUAAACAACUACCAAAGAAGAGUGAAACUAUACUUAAAUGUCCAAUGAUCGCCAGUCAACAAGAGUGCUAUAAUAAUAUUAAGAUGGCCUUAACACAAGAUCUACGCCAUCUUGGAGAUGGAUCUAAGAUCAAGCUGACUAAGCUGUCUUGUGCCAUGAUGCAGUUACGUAAAGGUGCUAAUCAUGAGAUGUUGAUGAGAAAUCACUAUGACGACGCUAAACUACGACAGAUGUCAAAACUCAUGCUCAAGGAGCCAACUCAUUAUGAUGCUGAACCUGAACUAAUCUUUGAGGACAUGUCAGUCAUGACAGACUUUGAGUUACAUCGACUCUGUAAGGAAUACAGCAUCCUCAAACCAUUCGUACUCCCCACUGAGCUUCUUGUUGCUUCUGGUAAAUUCCAAGCUCUAGAUAAGAUGCUUCCAGAACUCAAAGAAAAUGGAAGCAGAGUGUUGAUGUUCAGUCAGUUUGUGAUGGUCUUAGACAUUAUUGAGAUUUAUAUGAAACAUCAUCAAUAUAAAUAUCUACGCCUAGAUGGCCAGACUCCAGUGUGUGAUAGGUUGACUAUGAUUGAUAAAUACAACAAUGAUGAGUCCAUCUUUGUGUUUCUCUUAUCAACUCGUGCUGGUGGUCUUGGAAUCAAUCUAACAGCCGCCAAUCACGUGAUCCUACAUGAUAUUGACUAUAAUCCCUAUAAUGAUAAACAAGCUGAGGAUAGAUGCCAUCGGGUCGGACAAAAAAGGGACGUGAUGGUUACGAAAUUGAUCAGUAAUAAUUCCAUUGAGGAAGGAAUGCUACGAUGUGCUAAAUAUAAGCUCAGGCUAGAGGAACAAAUGACAACCAAUGAAGACGCUGAAGGAGAUGAUAAAAGUGCAGCAGAUAUUGCGAGCUUACUUAAAGAUGCCUUAGAUCUAUGAUAGAUGGCAACGCCCAGGCCCCACCCUGAUCAGCUUCGCAAUCCAAGGUCUACCUCAAAGGGCAUUAGAAAGGGUAACAAAGGUACAAUGUCCUGUCAUCUUGCCAACAUCAAAUGAAGCGUAAAUUGAGAUUUGAGCUCAAUCAAGAGCUUGCCAUUUUGGUUAUAUCUUGAGUUAAAGGUGUUUGUAUGAAUCAUUGUUUAUUUUGUGUUACCACGUCUCUUUCAUUUGUUUUGUCUUACCCAUAAUUGUUACCCAUCAAAACAAAUUAAGCACCACACAGCGAUAGUCAAUUCUGUUUACAAAUUUGUCCAUGUAUUUAAUACUUGGUGUUUUCACACCCAAAUGUGCCACUUGUGGUUUUGUUGUCUGCACACUGCUGUACACAAAUGUAAGAAAUGGGAUUAAUGUUUCAAACUUUUAAAACUAUUAUUUAUGUAUUUUUGUUCUCAAAAGAGCUUGUGUAUGAGAUCCAAAAACUGGAACUUUGACACCAAAUCAUUUAUACUAUGUCUGUCUUUAUGUUCACUUAGUUUAUGUUAUUAAAAGUAUAAAAUAGUCUGUUCCCCCACCCCCCCCCCCCCCCAAACCAUAAUGAAAUUGUUGUUUCUUGUUUUAAUUUAACUGAAUUAUGUCUAUUUAGAUUCAUUACAAAUAUACAGUAUUUUUGUGAGUCUUUUAUUUCGCAGUGAGCCGUUUCUAUUUCAGUUGUUUCCUUUGUUUAUAUUGCUGAGAAUUAUUGAAAGAAUCAUUGAUCUCGCGCAAUUUACGCAAAAAAUUAUCCAAAGAAUACUAAAUGAUACCUUAAAAUCAGUUCAAAAUUCCAAUUUAUAAUUAAGUGUGAGCUCAUUUCCUAAACAUUUAUAAACCUUUGCUUGAAACAACACACAACCCAAAACACUCUGGGAUCCUAAUGUCACAAAUAAGUACCAGGAACAAAAACAAGUUACUUUAAGAAAAACUUCAUUACAAUUUAAUGAUAAUAAGGCACAUUUUACAUCUCCUGUCUCCACCCCAGCCCCCCCCCCCCCAACAUAGAAUAGAUGGGUCCAUUAAGCUCAACCCAGUUUUUUACAGCCACAAACACAUGCCCCUAAAACCAACUAAACACUACCAAAAGGUAAACAAGUUGUCUCAACUUAAUGUUGUUAUUGAGGCACAUGACUAAUGUACAUGCUCCCCACACAUGUGCCAUUUAUAAAUAGUAGUUGUGAUGGAGGGAGGGGCAAGGCUUAGAGGUGUUUUGAUGGAUUAGUCUAUGAUUGAAAAGGUGAUUCCUGACUGAACAGAGAGUAUUGUCUACAAGUGUGCAUGAUUAUGUAACAGUUUCAUGCAUAAUAACAUUCAGCAUUUCAUAUUUAAUUUAAUUUAAAACAUGGGAAGCUUCAGUGGAUUAAUAAAAAAAUAUUGUAUUUUUUAA